GCAGCAGCUAAUUUCGCGAGAAUUUCACGACAACGCGAUUAUCCGCGGUCGAGUUCAGUAUUUUCCCUGCAUUCUGUCGCUCGUUCAACUUUUUCCAAUCUUGUUCCUUUUGGGAGGGUCCAGGUAUAUGCCCAAACAGUCAACAUCGACAUCUCCGUAAAAAGGAGGGAAGGGGGCGGUCGAGUCGCGAAGCCCGAGGCUCGCUCCUUUAUACCACACAGCCAUUCUUUGCCUGGCCUCAAAGUCUUUGGCCCGGGUCCUGAUCUGAUCCCUAGACGAGUCGCGCCGUAGGCUUUCGUCACAUUGGUCAGACUCAUAAUGAUCUCCUCUCUUGUCGCAUGCCUAUUUGGGGCACUCCUGUUGCUGGGCAUCCUCCCCAGCGCGGGGGCCGAGUACAAGGUCGAUUCGCACGAUGCCAUCGUCGAGUCCUCGCGAUCACUGGCCCGAGAUUUAAUGACCUUCUACCACGGUGAUGAGCCCAGAGAGAUCCCCGGUAUUCUCCCCGGCCCUCCACCCAUGGGUGACUACUGGUGGUUCACAGGCGCAAGCUUCUGGGCUACGUACCUUGACUACUGGCACCUGACCGGAGACGACACAUACCAGGACGUCACCACCAGUUCAUUGCUAUUCCAAUUGGGACCAUGGGACAAUUACAUGACGCCGAACUGGACGGCUUCUAUGGGCAAUGACGACCAGUGUUUCUGGGGCUCGGCGGCGCUUCUGGCUGCUGAGUACGAGGUGCCCACGGCGGAGGGAGACCCACGUUGGAUCGACAUCGCCGAGAACGUGUGGGGGGAUCAAGCGCACCCGGACAGACACGAUGACACGUGUGGUGGCGGCCUUCGUUGGCAGAUCCCGCGGUCGAAUAAUGGAUAUAACUACAAGAACACUCUAUCCAAUGCAUGCUUCUUCACCAUGGGGGCCCGCCUCGCCAGGUUCACCGGCAAUGCGACGUUUGCCGAUUACUCUGUUGAGACCUGGGACUGGUUGACCGGAGUCGGCCUCGUAGAUACUGAAACAUGGGCUGUGUACGACGGUGCCAUGGUCGACGACAACUGCACUGCAGUUUCAAAGAUCCAGUUCUCCCAAAAUGCGGCGAUGCUCACGCAGGGUGCUGCAUUCAUGUAUAAUUAUACAAACGGCUCCGAAACCUGGCGCGAGCGUGCCGCAAAGCUUUCCGACGCCACGUUGGAGACCUUCUUCCCGGAUGGUAUCGCCUACGAGGUAGCCUGCGAGGGCAACGACAAGUGCACCACGGACAUGCUCUUCAUGAAGGGCUACGCGCACCGCUGGCUCUCUUCGGCGACGCAGAUGGCACCCUUCCUCUCCGAAAAGGUCCUCCCCGUGCUCAAGACCUCAGCCGAGGCGGCCGCCAAACAGUGCGUGGACAACGGCACCAGCACCACCGGCGGUAAUGACGGGGUGGCCAACCAGCGCUGCGGUUUCUACUGGCGCAACGAGACGUUCGUCGACGUCAAAGAUAGAGGUACGGGAAGCUCGGGCGCCGGAGAGCUUUCCGGCGUGUUCUCUGCGGUGACUAAUCUCCUCAUCGCCGGCGCCUCCGCGCCGGCUACUGCGGCCACCUCUGGAGACGCUGGCAACUCUACCGGCACGGGUGAGGCGGGCUCGUCCAGCGGGACGUCUGAUGGAGCUUCGGGCUCCGGGGCGGGUCGGUACCGGGCUGAGAUCAUGGUCUCGCUGUUGGUUGGAGUGAUGGCAAUCUUUGUCUGGGCCGUUUAAUGUAUAAUGGACUCGUAGUAUGGCUUAUGGCUAUAGGACACCUUGGAGCAGGUCAGAGCGCUGGAAGUAGACUAUAGACUACCAAACUAUAUCGAAUCAAUCUGUCAGUAGUAUCA